AGUUUGGAGUUCAAAAUGCAUUCUCGUGGACAUUUUCUGGUAUUCUGUGUUCUCCUUGGAGUGACUGCAGCAGCUAGGGAUUGGCGUUGUCCACUUCAAAAAAGUUUGGACAAAAUACAGGGAUUUCCUCAUCCCACUAGCUGCCAGAAGUACAAGGUUUGUGCUGAAGAUGGAAGCCUAGUUGAAAAAUCCUGUCCACCUGGUGAGGAAUUUAAUCGUUGGAAGCUCCGUUGCGAUACACCAUCGAAGCAUGGAUGUAGGGAGCUUGUGCAAUCUAGAGAUGCUCAUUUGCCCAGUUGUCACAACCAGGCUGAUGGCAGGAAAUUCCCCACCACCAACUGCAACUCAUUUGUGGUUUGUCACAAUGGUAACCCUAAGCUUCAGUCCUGUGACUGGGGAUUGCUCUUCAAUGCUGAUCUCGGAGUUUGUGACUGGGCGGCUAAUGUGAGAUGCUACGAAAUGUCUGGUCCACCAGUUGGACCUGCUCCUGAUUGCAUGUACCAGGAUGGUGUCUAUUUGCCCAACGUUUACGACUGCAAUAGUUUCUAUGUGUGCAAAAACAACGUACCCAUGCUCCAGCGUUGUGAUGCUGCCCUUGUCUUUGAUCCUGCUCUUGAGACUUGCAACUGGCCAGCUGAGGUUAACUGUGUUCCUGAACCCCUACCAGAUGUAGAUCCUUUCCUACCGGAUUGCAAUGGACGUGAAUGGGAAUACAUUGCUCAUCCCGCCAACUGUGGAGCUUAUUACAGGUGCGAACACAACAAAGCUGUUCUUUACCACUGCGAUGCCGGACUUCUGUUCGAUCCUAGACUUCUCACCUGCAACUGGGCACCUCAGGUUGUGUGUCACAGCCGCAAUUGAAUAUGAAUCGCUUUUUUUAACGCCUUGCUAAAUACACCGAAAAAUUGCUUCAUUCACAAAAUUUUAAACGCUUUCUUCACCUCUCUCGUUUUGUUUUUUUUAAUCAUCUAUAUCGACAUUUGGAGAUUACACAAAGGAUUGUGAGUGAUUAUUUAUGAGGUGUUAAAUGGAGGAAGAGAGUAUCAAUAUGGAUUUGAACAUCAAAAAGAGUAAACAUGAAAAUAAAUUGUCGAUGUUAAUUUUA